UCUCUCCCAGUGCUCUUAUAGAACAUUUGCGAGGGUCUUCAAUUGCAAAAAAAAAAAAAUGGCAGAUUCCGAUUGCACGAUUUAUCGGGCCAGCACUACUGCCCCAGUUAACAUUGCUGUCAUCAAAUAUUGGGGAAAGCGAAAUGCAACUCUUAACUUGCCUACGAACUCCUCGCUUUCAGUGACUCUCUCACAGCGCUCACUGCGCACACUCACCACCGCCUCCUGCUCUGCCACCUACCCCGCCGCAGAUUCUCUCACACUCAAUGGCAAGCCGCAGGACAUCCAGUCCUCGAAAAGGACCAUUGCAUGUCUCAGCAACUUGCGUUCUCUUCGAAGAGCCCUCGAAGAAGCUGAUCCAUCCCUUCCAAAACUGUCCACGCUCCCCCUCCGCAUCGUCUCCGAGAACAACUUCCCUACCGCAGCCGGUCUCGCCAGCUCAGCAGCCGGCUUCGCUGCUCUUGUGCGUGCAGUUGCGGACCUCUACAGACUACCCCAGUCUCCGCGGGAUAUCAGCCGAAUUGCCCGCCAGGGCUCUGGCUCCGCCUGCCGUUCAGUGAUGGGCGGCUACGUGGCCUGGCGCGCAGGAACCCUCGCGGAUGGUUCUGACAGUCUAGCUGAGGAGGUUGCACCGGCCUCUCACUGGCCGGAGAUGCGCGCCAUGAUUCUUGUCGUCAGUGCCGAGAAGAAGGACGUCCCCAGUACAGAUGGCAUGCAAACCACCGUCGCUACGUCAAGCCUGUUUGCUACACGUGCCGCGUCUGUCGUCCCCGAACGUAUGGCCGCCAUGGAAGCCGCUAUUCGCAAUAAGGACUUCCCUGCUUUCGCUGAAAUUACCAUGCGCGACUCAAAUAGUUUCCAUGCCACCUGUCUGGACUCGUGGCCUCCAAUCUUCUACAUGAACGAUAUCUCUCGCGCCGCUAUCCGUCUGGUACACGAUAUUAACUGCGCUGUCGGCCGCACUGUGUGUGCGUAUACAUUCGACGCAGGCCCAAAUGCUGUUAUUUACUAUCUUGAAAAGGACUCUGAGCUUGUCGCGGGAACUUUCAAGGCCAUCUUGUCCUCUAGCGCAGAUGGCUGGGACGGUCCGUUCGGCGAACCGUUGAAGAACAUCACCUCUCCCGGUGUGAGUUUGGAUAAACUGGAUUCCAGAGCCGUCGACAUCCUCAAGGAAGGCGUGAGUCGAGUCAUCCUGACCGGGGUAGGGGAAGGGCCGGUCAGUGUCGAUGAACAUCUCGUCAGUGAAACGGGAGAAAUUGUUACUGACAGGUCUUAAUUGCUUUUUAUGGAAAGCCUGGUACCGCCCAUUGCUGCUUUUAAUGCAUGGAGAAAUAUCAAA